AGGAUCGAUUUAUGCUAAAGGAAUAUUGAGCUAUAAGAGGAACCAUGUUAACUGGAAGAUGAAGGAAAAGAGUAAACCAUUUAUCCCAUAGCCCUUCAAAACCGCAAAAAACUAUGGCCGAAGUGAAGCUAUUUGGCUUUUGGGCAAGCCCUUUCUCCCGCAGAGUUGAACUAGCCCUGAAACUCAAAGGAAUAUCCUAUGAAUACAUUGAAGAAGACCUAUCCAAUAAGAGUCCUUCAGUUCUUAAGUAUAAUCCCAUCCAUAAGAAGGUCCCUAUUCUUGUGCACAAGGAAAAACCGCUAGCAGAAUCAUUAGUAAUUCUUGAGUACCUUGACGAGACCUGGAAAAGCAAUCCUAUUUUGCCUCAAGAUCCCUACGAAAGAGCCACGGCUCGCUUCUGGCGUAAAUUCAUAGACGAAAUGCUCUUGCCAACAGCAACGAGGGCUAAUCGUAGCACAGGGAAGGAACAAGAGCAGGCUAAAGAAGAAGUUCAUCAGCAGCUGAAAAUUCUGGAGGAUGAGCUCAAGGGGAAGGAAUUUUUUUCAGGUCAGAGAAUUGGAUACCUGGAUAUUGUUGCAAAUAUUUUAUUCUGGUUUGAAUAUCCAGAAGAGGUUACGGUAGGAAAAGUACUAACUCCAGAGAAAUUUCCAAUUAUCUAUGAAUGGAUUCAAAAGCUCAAAAAAGUUGAUGUUGUCAAUGAAUGCCGGGUCCAAAAAGAGAAAUAUCAAGAUUUUAUUAAAUCUAUCUCCGUCGUGAAGCCUUAAAUUCUGCUUCCAACUAAAGUCCUGUUGAAACUCCUCUACUACAACAAAGAUUAUGUGCUUUGAACUUCUGUUUAUGAUGUAUUCCAUAAACUUGUUGAGGAUAACGUAUAACAUAGAUAAAUAAAAGCUCAUUUAAUUGAACUGAGACUAAUGUACCGUUUGAAAGGUUCUGCUGCAGAGAGAUUUGCUGAGAGCAGAAAAUUUCUUUGUUUGUAGUUAUAUAGGUAUAUUUUUCAU